ACUUGUGUACGCCUUUUUUUUCACACAGACUUUUUUUGUUUGCAGUCGAGAGCCGGAGAGGAGGUCCAACCGUCCAUGAUGAGAGGCCUCCGGCAAAUAUUUCCCAGUAAUGUCAUAGAUACUUUAUCCUUGUGCUACGCUUUAUUACUGAUACACAGUGUAGUCAUAUUUGGCGAUUUUUUUGUUGCGCCGUGGAUGAAAGAGCAUUAUGGCACCACAGAUGCACAAAUCCUUUUGUACAAUGUGUAUGGUGGUUUUGUGUAUUUAAACGUCAUGGGAAACAUCUGGAAAAUCAUGACAACCAACACAUCAACCAUUGGCAAAAUUUUACCUACACUCUUGAAGCCAGGUUGGCAGUAUUGUGCAGUAUGUGAAGCCAAUGCACCCCCUCGCUCAUUUCAUUGCCGGACCUGCAACCGCUGCAUACUAAAGCGAGACCAUCACUGUAUGUUCACCGGCAAAUGCAUUGGGUAUUUCAACCAUCGCUACUACAUCUGUCUUAUCGGUUACACAUGGCUGGGAGCCAUGUUUGCCUCCACAUACUGCAUGGGAUUCACGUGGACCGUACUGGGAGAGUUUUCCUUCUUCAAUCUCCUUUGUUUUGUUUUCCCUCUAUUUUUGCUACUUUUUGGAAUGCUGGAUUUUUAUACAGCUAUUAUAUGCUUGCUUACACUAGUGGCCACUCUGUUUUGGGGGAUUUUAACCUUUCUUAUGGCAUGGCAUUCCAAACACAUUAUUUACAACCUCACUACACAUGAAAGAAGACAUAAUAUAUUCUUUUACAAUCUAGGCUGGAGAGAAAACAUUAAACAUAUUUUUGGUUGUAAGUGGUACAUCUGUUGGCUUUUUCCAUGGAUUUCCUCACCUCUGCCUGGGGAUGGAAUGUCAUUUCCAACCUCAGGAAACUUUGAGAAUCCCAAGGACCAAUGAGCAGAACUUUAGUUUAGGAUAUGAUUAUAUAAAAAUUAGUUGAUUACAGUAAGGAUUUAAUGAUUUUUAUAAUUAUAUAUGUAUUGUACUGUUGCUUUGAUUUAUAAUUUACUUUUUAUACGCCCGUCUUAAGACGGGCCGUAUUAUGUUAUGGCCUUCAUGUCUGUCUGUCCGUCUGUCCGUCCGUCCGUCUGUUAGCUUUUUCGUGUCCGGCUCAUAACUUAAAUACUAUAAGUCCUAGAAUAAUCAAACUUUGUCAGUUAAUACAUCUUGGGUAGAAGGUGUGUCGCACAUUAAAACCAGGUCGCUGUGACUUUUAAUUAAGAAGAUAUGGCCAAAUAUGGUAAAACCCUGUCCGGCUCAUAACUUGAAAACUAUUUGAUCUAGAAUCAUGAAACUUGGUCAACUUGUGCAUCUUAGGUAGAAGGUGUGUCGCACUGUACUUUAAGGUCACUGUGACAUUUAGUUGAAGUGAUUUUUUGAAAAAAGUAUGUUAUAAUUGGUACAAUCCCUACUCAUAUAAGAGUUUUGUAGAAAACCUCAUUCAAAAAUGUUACAUCAAGAAAACACAUAUUUUUUUUAUGAUAUACUGUACAGCUUUUUUUAGCUUAUGUAAUGUUUCCUUUGUUUCUAACAAUAACAUGAGAAAUUCCACUUGUCCCAUAGGAGUAGCAUGCAAAGGGCAUUUUGACAAGACUAAUUAAUGAGUUUUGUGUAGAGCAUCUCUGAUCAACAUGAUCAAGCAGGUGUUAUCUUUAUCUCUAGGGAAUUGGGCAGAGAGAUCUUAGCCUCUUAAUUGCAGAUAUACCAGAAAUUAUUUGUGAAAGUGAAUUUGUUUGUUGUGGUUAGUCUUUAUUUUCAAAAUUAAUUUGACAUUGUACUAUAUAAUUUUUAAUUUUUUUUCUCGGCAACCUAUAUGCAGAGUAUCAUUUCUCACUAAGACAACAAAUGGUUGCAAUAUGUAUAAAGGCCUAUUUUAAUGAUUAGUAUUUUGAUGUUUUGUUAUGGCUGUGGCAUUGUUCAGAAAAAAGAUAUACAAUGAACAAAGCUGCAGAUUGGGCAUUUGUGUAAAUCUGAACAGAUGAAAUAGUAUUGCAAUAACCAUAUUAAAAAAUGUUAAUUCAAGAAACUACACAUUCUUCAUUAUAUACACUGUACUAUACAGCAGUAUAUAACAAACAAAUUAUUUCUUUUGUGUCAGUAACAAGAGAAAUUUCCCUUGUCCCAUGGGUGUAAUUAUCAAGCAAUUCAGGAGGCAUUUUGCUAACAGAAAAAUUGCAUUCUGUCAAAUUACAGAUUAAUUAAUGAGUUUAGAAAAUUUCUGUUACAGCAAUCUGAUCAAGGAGGUGCUAUCUAUAUCUCUUGCAAUCGGGAAUUGGGCAGAGGAAUCUGGCCUUCUAAUUGAUCUGUCAAAUUUUAGAACAGUUCUAAUUGGUAGCCAUUACUUUGAAAGUUAAAAGUUAAUUUGGUAUAAAGUUUAAGAAUUAAUAUGAUAUUGUAAAAUAUAUUUUUAUUUUAUAUCUCAACAACAAGGUGCAGAUUGCCAUGUUUCACUAAGAUGACAGUUUUACAGUCUAAGAAUAAACAUAAUGACUAAUGUUUGAUGUUUUAUUACGCUGUGCAUUGUUCUUCAUUCCUUAAAAUACAAUGAGCAAAGCUGCAAAUGUGCAUUUCUCAAGUCUAACACAACCAGUUGAGAAAUAUAUGAUGUAUUAUUUUUUUCUAAUUAAUAACUACACCAUAGGAGAUGCACCAGUGUUUGAAAUAACCGUUUUUAAUCUAUAUUUAUUUAUAUUGACAUCACCAUGCAUAUUUUACUUUUAUACUUGAAGAUUUGACAAAGGCAGAUACUGAUAUAUGUAUUUUUUGAUAUGUUGAAUAAAUCAACCUUUUUGACUACUCCCAUUUAUUGUAAGUUGUUUGCUUGGAUAAAGGGCUAUCUUGCACUUUAAUCAUUUCAUUGAAAACAUUUGGGAAAAUGUUUUUAUAUCCUUUUAAAAAUCAUUAAGCUUACAUUAUCAAUAUUUGAAGCAAUGUCACAUGAGGCCAUAAAGUGGGUAAGAUUCUUAAAGGAAGGUUGACAUUUGGUUCCAUGCAUACCUAUCUCUUCAUGGUGAUAUGUUCAUGUUAACAAUAUGUGACGGGCGUAUCAUGUGCCGUGGCGGUGCACUUUAUUUUUUUUAAUUUAUGUACUUCAAUCCAUAUUGACAAGGUUUUGUUUAAUUUAUGAAAUAUUGUACUGGAAUAACAAAAGAACUCCAUAUGUAUAUCAUGUGUGCCAGUAGCUGUUCUGGAAAAUGUGAUGCAAUUGUGUAACAAUAUCUGAUGCAUCAUACAAGCAUGCUACAUUUUAAACCAGAAAUCUUUUCGUAAAAGACUAUACUGACAGUACAGUGAUAUGCUUUCUAAUGUCAAUAAUUGUACAUGUACAGUGUGGACAACUAUGAUUACAUUUGUUUUACGUAAACAAGGCAAGUAAUGUACAUGUUGCUAAUGUUAAUCUGUUGUUUUGGAGACUCAUUAGUUAGCUUUGAUUUUCUAUUAUUGUACUCAUCAAUAUCAUCAGACAUUACGAAAGAAAAAAAAAUCAUGAAAAUUGUGAAAAAUUCUGGUAUUUUGAAUAAUAAGUACAAAGGGGUCCAUUCCUCGGUUAUUGUAACUUGCAAGUUUGAUGUUUUUAUGGAUGUAUAGAACCAUUCAUGAUUUGGAUGAUUUGUCUCACCUGGAUUGUCUGGAUGAGUUUUUGCAGCUAGACCUUUGUUUAGUAUAUUGUCUGGAUGAGUUACUAGGAUUUAGCUUCUACAGCUAGACCUUUGUUCAGAAUAUUGUCUGGAUGAGUUUUUACAGCUAGAACUUUGUUUAGUAUAAAUUAUUGUCUGGAUGAGUUUCUGCAGCUAGACCUUUGUUUAGUAUAUUGUCUGGAUGAGUUACUAGGAUUUAGCUUCUACAGCUAGACCUUUGUUUAGAAUAUUGUCUGGAUGAGUUUUUACAGCUAGAACUUUGUUUAGUAUAAAUUAUUGUCUGGAUGAGUUUCUGCAGCUAGACCUUUGUUUAGUAUAUUGUCUGGAUGAGUUACUAGGAUUUAGCUUCUACAGCUAGACCUUUGUUUAGAAUAUUGUCUGGAUGAGUUUUUGCAGCUAGAACUUUGUUUAGUAUAAAUUAUUGUCUGGAUGAGUUUUUGCAGCUAGACCUUUGUUUAGUAUAAAUUAUUGUCUGGAUGAGUUUCUGCAGCUAGACCUUUGUUUAGUAUAUUGUCUGGAUGAGUUACUAGGAUUUAGUUUUUGCAGCUUUUGUUGGAUGAUUCUCAUUACGAUGUUAGGAGCCUUCUUCAUUUUGUGUAUAUUAGAAAUAAGAUGUGUGACUGUUCCCAUUUACAUGUUCCUCAUUGAUAAUGUUCAUUCACAAAUUCUAUAACCUGUCUUGGGAGCUCUGUUGUCUUCUUACAACUUGGUUUUUUUCUCUCCAUACUAUCUGAUCAUGUCAUCAUAUUGUUAAAAUAAAUUGAGGUAGUUCUUGUAUCUUGUGAAUAAUUGAAUAAAAUGUAGAAGCAAUUUAUUUAUUAUAUGUAGUGUCAUGUACAAGUAUAUUUGUAAAUACUUAAUUUGUAUUGCUGGUAAAUAUGAACAACAUAUAUUUGUACAAAAGAGUGGCGUGAAUAUUAAAAUGAACAAGCUUU